AUGAAGGGAGUGGAUAAUUUAAUAGCUGACCGUGAAGGAAUGACAAACAAACCGAUUGUAACAUGCGCAGGAGACUGGAACUUGUUCUGCACUCUAGAGGCGCCUUUGGUGGCAGCUAUACCUCAAGAUUCAUGUGAAUGGAGGCGGUCAUAUGGUCGGGCCACCAAAUCUGUUUACCUGGAAGCAUCAUUUAUUAAAUACAAUAAAGACAAGGUUCUAUCAGAACUAAAUCUAUUGAAAAAGCCCAUACUUCAUAUUUACUGGACUGACUGUGUGGAUAUAGAAUAUUACAAGACAACGCUAAGAGAAGAUAUAGAAACAUGGCACAAACAACUCGAUGCUGUAACAGACUGGAUGAUAGUAUUAGUAGAGACUUAUGACAUACGGAAAACAAACAAAUUGUUGCCCAGAACAACCGUUUUGGACAAAAUUAAGGGUGAUUUUGGUGUAAAGCAGACCGAAGAUAGAUUUAUAACAGUUAUAAAUCCAAUAAAAUCGGAAGCAAGGAGUGCAGAAUCAUGGCGGUCGCUAGUAGCAAAAAUAAGACAUUUUAUACUAGUGGCAUACAACAAGUCACUUAUAAAGUUUGAAGAGCAUAUGAGAGAGCAGAGGGAAAAGCGGAAUGAUCCAGAGUGGGAUUUUUGUAAAUAUUUCAUCUUGCAGGAACAGCUGGCAUUUGUAUUAGAAAUGCUAGGCUUGUAUGAUGAGGCUUUAGUUCAAUAUGAUGAAUUAGAUGCUUUGUUUUCCCAAUUUGUGCUCAAUUCUAAUGUGACAGAAAGUCCAAAAUGGCUUGACACAUUUAAGCAACCAGUGACAUCUUGGCAGGCAGUACGACUAACUGCCUUAGUUCCACAGCAACUGAGAGAACUAAUAAUAAAAAGAAAGGCUUCGCUGUUGGAUUUUAGAAGCUACUUGUUUCAACGUCAAAGUGCCAUGUUAUUACCUUCUUCUAAACCUUGGGAGAUUGCCUCCCGUUGUUUAACCACCGUCCACAACACUCUCGUCGAGUUACAACUGCUCGGCGCCAGUGCAGUAGAGGGCGCUGCUGCGUGCUGGGCACAGCUCGCUUGUGCAGAGACGCUGAGAGCAUGCGAGCGUUUGGCAGCCAAUAACAACGCACUCGAUAUGUGUACAGCCAUGCAGGCACCACUUUUGCACAAUGCUAAGGAUAAGCUACACGAACUAGGAAAGCUAUGUGGCCUCCUCCCAGGCUCACCAGAACCAUCUUCAGAACAGCUACACCUGGUUGUAAUGCUGUCAGCUGGUAUGGGGGACAGCGAGGCAAACAAUCAACAUCCCACCCCAACGGAUAGACUGAAGGAGGCGCUGUGCAGUAAGACCUGCUUUCAGCAAUAUUAUCUGGAGCUUGCUGAACUGGCGAUGGGGACUUAUAAACAUAUUGGUAGAUUAAGGUUCGCUCGUCUAAUAGGUCGAGACCUGGCCUCUUUCUACUCGGAGCUCGGUGAGACAGGAAAGGCAGUAGUAUUCUUGAUGGACGCGUUACGGUCUUACGAGGAACAAGGAUGGAAAGACCUGGCGGCGCAGACCAGACUGGAGUUAGUAGCAGCGGCAAAAAAAAUGAAUGAUGCGGACAGAUAUACAAAGCUUUCAGCUACGAUAGCAAGCACCGCCGAAUUAGAAAUACUAGUCAGAAACUUCUAUUUCGAGGAAAUGAUGAAAUGCAUACGAGAAGAGCUGUCAAAAAAGACCGAUACUGUACUGACUGAGCUCAAUGAAUGCUUUAAGAUCGUAUCUGCUAGUUUAGUGCCGUCAGAAAGAGGAGUUUAUAUCACUGAUAAUACAGUUCAGUGUCGGUUGACGGUGAUCAGUUUCCUUCCCAGGGAAGUGAGAUGCAGUAAGGCAGCGAUAAGUAUAGAGCAUUGUAAAGAUGAGAAAGAAAAGAAGUUGGUCAAAGGACAUAAGACUGAUUUAGCUAGCGGUAGUGUAGCGUCGCAGACUAACUCCCCUAAACGGGGGCUUGUUGGAAGUGACAAUGAAAUUACUAACUUAAUUACAAGUAUAAGACUGGACGACUUAAAACCUAAAAACCCACUAAUAAACCCUUUACAAAUUAGUGCCCAAUUACACUAUAAAGAAGAUAGGUCGCUACAAAAAGCGACAGUUGAAUGCCAAAACCCUAAAGUAACCCUUAAACGCUCGGACAGUUGCAAAUAUAGGAAACCUUCCGCAACCUCGAGGAGUAGUUAUGAAAACAGCUUCGCAGUCGAAGGGUUAACUCUAAAACCUGGGACGAAUGAGUUCACCUUAGAAUAUCCAGCGAAAAAAUGUGGCAUGUUCAAGCUUGGACAAAUUUCACUUUUAGUGGAAGAAAAAUUAGAGUUUCUGUCCAAUGUUCUGAUUGGAACUAAGGUUGGAUUUGAGGUUGUCACUCAAGGAGUGAAUGUGUAUCUGAAUAAAGUGGAGCCAAAGAAGGAUUUGGUGGCUGGAUUGGAACAUGCGAUGGAGUUAGUGGUGACUAGUGGGAGCUCUCACAUUGAAGAGAACACAACGAUACUUCUCAAAACAUCCUCGGGCCUUCUCAUCCGCUUUGCCGAAGAUGAUUGCGCAAUGCUUCGAGAGUUAUCCAUCAAAAUACCUGCUAUGGAGCCAUUUCAAACGUCACGGGUGCCACUUAAAUUGUUUGCAACGUUGCAACCUAAAAAAGAAAAAAGUGUUGAACAUACGGUAUGGUUAACCUGCCCUUGGUGGGAACCCCUAACAGAAGUUCCUCUCCACUUCUACCCUCCGAUGGUAGCAACCUGGCGUCUCCUGACAUCCAACACAAGAAAAUUUGUCAAUGUGACUCUCAAAUCCAAUGUGGUGCAUCUAGUGCAGUUCGCGCUGACUGAAGCCAAGCUGGAGUGUGAUGGAAACACGACUGUAUCGGACUUGAAUCCAAAAACAGCUGAACAUAUGGUUGUAGCUUCCGACGGUACAACAGCAUCAUUCAUGUGGGAACUUCAGAAAGAUCCCCUGGUCAAAGCUGGUCCCUUAAAAGCCAAAUUCUCCGUACACUAUCGUCCCCUGUCCGUCGAAGGGGCAAGCAGACCGUUCAGCUGUUCCUUCGACAUACAGGAUUACACAACACUGUUUGUGAUCAGGACGAAGUUGGAGCCAACUAAGGGCGCUGAUUUUUGUAGGGCUUCGCAGAUGUGCUGUUUGCAAUUGAGUUUACAGAGGGUAAAUGAAACGGAAUAUACUUCACUUAUGUAUGAAGUUCUUGCUGAUCAAACGAUGUGGGCAGUUUUAGGACGUACUGCAGGUGUAAUUACAAUGGAGUCCAACGGCGCGGAACCACAGACUGUAACGCUAGAUGUGAUGCCUUUGGUCGCCGGCUACCUGCCACUGCCCACCGUCAGGUUGUCCAAAUAUAUCGCUGCCAAUACCAAAGAUCCUAAAAAAGACAUCUCCGCACACCCUCGCUUGGAGCCGUUCAGCCCUGGACAAGUGUACCACGCUGGGAAAGCGAAGCAAGUUCACGUAUUACCUCCUAUGCCAAAAGAGCAUCUCGAACUCAUGCCCAACUGA